UAGUGGGAGGGUGGGAAAGUAAAGCAUAUAUAGACACCUCAUCCUUACACAUGAGGUACGCUUAACAUACUCACCCAGCUCAUGCAAACACACACUGACAUACAAACACCAUUAAAUCAAAUUCCUGCACUCAGAGAGGAAAGGGAAAAACAGGGAUGCUCUUAGCAGGUGCCAAAAACUGAGUGAGACGAGAAAGAGACAGAGGGAUGAAGCAAGACUAAAACACUUAGUAACGUUAUAGAAGACACUUGAACUAUCCUUGAAUAUUUUGUGUUUGUAUUUCUCUUUACUCUGUAUGUGUCUGAGUGUGUUCAUCUAAAUCUGUUCGUCUAAAUCUGCCCAUACCGGCUUGCAUUAGUGGUGUAUCUGGGGCCAAUAUUAUUUGCACCAUGCUGUGCUCCUCUGUAUUUGUGGUACUUCUAGUCCUGCUGGCUCAUCCAGUGCCCGGACAUGCCCGAGCCCUGCACACGCCUGACAAAGCCAUGCAGGUCAUCGAGCAGUUCCUUGAGCGCUACAAUGACCUUUUGACCCUUGAUGAUCUUGAGAACCUCACAAUUGACCAAUCAGAAGAACCCAUGCAGACCUUCAUUUCUGGGUUGAAGGUUGCAGAGCAUCCCAAGUGGAUUGACAUACCGGUGCAGAGCAAGAAUGCCUGGCUCCGCCUCUUAAAAGGGGCUUUGGCCAAUCAGAAGCGAGCUCCACCAGACCGGCUGCGGAGGGGUUGGAAUCGAGGCUGUUUUGGCCUGAAAUUGGACCGGAUUGGCUCUAUGAGUGGGCUCGGGUGCUAAUAAUGGACUGAGAGAUGAACCAAGAAGAUGAGAUGACUGUUGUCCUGCUUAGCUUUAGGUAGAGAUCACCACCAAACUCUGGUCUGGUCUGGACCCCGUAAAAAGAGUUGUACAAACAAGGUGGACAGAUUCAUUAUAUGGUGUAUCUCUACAUUGGAUUUGGAAUGACAUGUUUCACUGUAUAUGUAUAUUAAUUUAAUAAGGAGGCUAGAAAAAAUUAAAUGUUUAAAUUAGUAGAUACAGUGGCAUGAAAAAGUUUGGGCACCCCGAUCAAAAUUUCUGUUGCUGUGAAUAUUUAAGCGAGCAAAAGAUGGCCUGAUUUCCAAAAAGCAUAAAGUUAAAGAUGACACAUUUCUUCAAUCUUUUACAGUUUAAAAAAACAAAAAAGCAAAACACCCACUGGCAAGUAUCACAGCUUGUAAACGCUUUUCGUGGCCAGCUAAGAGUCUUUCAAUUCUUGUUUGGGGGAUUUUCACCCAUUUUUCCUUGCAAAAGGCUUCUAGUUCUGUGAGACUCUUGGGCUGUCUUGCAUGCACUGCUCUUUUGAGGUCUAUCCACAGACUUUCGAUGAUGUUUAGGUCGGGGGUCUGUGAGGGCCAUGUCAAAACCUUCAGCUUGCGCCUCUUGAGGUCGUCCAUUGUGGAUUUUGAGGUGUGUUUAGGAUCAUUAUCCUGUUGUAGAAGCAAUCCUCUUUUCAUCUUCAGCUUUUUUACAGAUGGUGUGAUGUUUGCUUCCAGAAUUUGCUGGUAUUUAAUUAAAUACAUUCUUCCUUCUACCAGUGAAAUAUUCCCCUCUGCCACUGGCAUCAACACAAGUCCAAAGCAUGAUCGAUCCACCCCUGUGCUUAACAGUUGGAGAGGUGUUCUUUUCAUGAAAUUCUGCAUCUUUUUUUCCUCCAAGCUUACCUUUGCUCAUUGUGGCCAAAAAGUUAGAUUUUAACUUCAUCAGUCUGCAGGACUUGUUUCCAAAAUGCAUCAGGCGUGUUUAGAUGUUCAUUUGCAAACUUCUGACGCUGCAUUUUGUGGCGAGGACGCAGGAAAGGUUUUCUUCUCAUGACUCUUCCAUGAAGGUCAUAUUUGUGCAGGUGUCGCUGCACAGUAGAACAGUGCACCACUACUCCAGAGUCUGCUUUUGCAGUUAAACAGGGGUUUUGAUUUGCCUUUCUAGCAAUCCUACAAGGAGUUCUCUCUGAAAGUUUUCUUGGUCUUCCAGACCUCAACUUGAUCUCCACCAUUGCUGUUAACUACCAUUUCUUAAUUACAUUACAAACUGUGGAAACGGCUACAUGAAAACGCUUUGCUAUCAUCUUAUAGCCUUCUCUUGCUUUGUGGGCAUCAAUUAUUGUAAUUUUCAGAGUGCUAGGCAGCUGUUUAGAGGAGCCCAUGGCUGCUGAUAUUUGGGACAAGGUUUGAGGAGUCAGAGUAUUUGUAAAGCUUUGAAAUUUGCAUCACCUGGCCUUUCCAAAAGAUGAUUAUGAAAAAGCCAUAGCCCUAACAAGCUAAUUAAGGUCUGAGACCUUGGUAAAAGUUAUCUGAGGGCUAAAAUGUCUUGGGGUGCUCAAAAUUUUGCAUGGUGCUCCUUUCCCUUUUUUCGCUCCAAAAUUGUGCAAAACAAAAAUAAUACACUAAUCUUGCUUAAAAUGUUGAAAAGAAUGUUUCAUCUUUAACUUUAUGCCUUUUGGAGAUCAAUUCAUCUUCUAUUAACUUAACUAUUCACAGUAACAGAAGUUUUGGCCAGGGGUGUCUAAAUUUUGCAUGCCACUGUAAGUUACAAUUACCUGUAUUUUGGUUUUCAACUAUUAGUGAGCAAAGAUCUUAAAACUAUGGAAAUUUCUGUUUUAAGGGAAAUGCAUGAUUUACAGAACAAAUGUAGUACUGCUCACCUUAUAUUUCUGUACAUAUUGCAUGAAUAAAAUUUCUCCUAAUUCA